AUGAAACACACAGACAUUAAGGAAGAGGACAAUACUUCCGCAGAGACCCAGUUUCUCCUCCUUGGAUUCUCUGACCUUCCCAACCUUCAGGGCUUUCUGUUUGGGAUGUUCUCCAUAAUAUACUUAAUUAUCCUAACUGGAAAUGGCUUCAUAAUUUUAAUAACCAGGAUUGAUCCUGCACUACACAAACCCAUGUAUUUUUUCCUGUCAAAUUUUUCUUUUCUGGAAAUCUGCUAUGUAUCAGUCACCCUACCUAGGAUUCUGUAUAGCAUUUGGACCCAGGACAGAAGCAUUUCUCUUCUGGCUUGUGCCACACAAAUGUGUUUCUUUCUAAUGCUGGCAGCUACUGAAAGUAUUCUUCUGGCUGUGAUGUCCUAUGACCGCUAUGUGGCUAUCUGCAACCCUCUGCACUAUCCUCUGGUCAUGAACCCAACCAAGUGCACAAAGCUGGCAGUGGGCUCCUGGCUUGGUGGCAUGCCAUUCCAGCUAGGGCAAACCUGUCAGAUAUUCUCUCUACAUUUCUGUAACUCUAACCAGAUAGAUCACUUCUUCUGUGACAUACCCCCUGUACUUAAGCUGGCCUGUGGAGACACUUCUGUUAAUGAACUGUAUGUCUAUGUAGUAGCUAUCUUGCUUGCCGCAAUCCCUUUUUUACUAAUAUUAACAUCAUACAGCAAAAUCAUUGCCGCCAUCCUGAAGUUGCCAACUGCUGAAGGGCGGGCAAAAGCCUUCUCCACAUGUUCUUCCCAUCUGGUGGUGGUGGUUUUGUUUUUUGGCUCUGCAUCUAUUACCUACUUAAUGCCAAAGUCAACACAUUCUGCAGUAAGUGACAAACUCCUUUCCCUUUUUUACACCAUUCUAACCCCCAUGUUCAAUCCCAUGAUAUACAGCCUUAGGAACAAGGAUGUGAUUGUAGCUCUGAGAAGAUUAUUGCUUAGAACAUAGUGCAAUGGACUAUGUACACUGAUUGUAU